ACGCAAAGAUGGGGGGAACAUUUAAAGACCUUGCUCAAAAGUUCCUCAAUUAUGGCAAAGAGAAACCUAACCAUCGGGGCCGUGGGCAUAGAGGGAGCUACGGUGGUGGUCGGAAAUAUGGCGGCCAGGAAAGUCCCCGUGGCGCACCGGCGAGUCCUGGCGGCGUCCCAUGGAACUACGGGGGCGGUUAUGCGAGUCCCGGUGGCCAGGCGAGUCCCGGCAGCAGUCACUGGAAUUUCAACGGACAGUUAAGUCCCGGUUACGGGGGCCAAUGGAACAUUAGCGGAGAAGUAAGUCCCGGUCGUAGCAGCCUACUGAGUGUUGCUGACCUACUGUAUCCCGGUGGAGGUCAGGCGUAUUCCGGUAGUGGUCAGGCGAGUCCCGGUGGCGGCUACGGAGGACAAGGAGGUUAUGGAGGACAAGGAAGCUAUGGAGGACAAGGAGGCUAUGGAGGACAAGGAGGUUAUGGAGGACAAGGAAGCUAUGGAGGACAAGGAGGUUAUGGAGGACAAGGAAGCUAUGGAGGACAAGGAGGCUAUGGAGGACAAGGAAGCUAUGGAGGACAAGGAGGCUAUGGAGGACAAGGAAGCUAUGGUGGCCAGGAGAGUCCCGGUGGCGGCCAAGGAUUCUACGGCGGCCAAACCAAUCCUGGUGGUAGCCAAAACUAUGAUAGCCAUGUUGGGAGCUACUCCGGCCAAUUCAGUCCCGGUAGUGGUGGUGGUGGCUGGAGGAACGAUGGUGGCGGUCAGGUGAGCUAUGCCGGUGGUGGUAGUCGAGUUGCUGAAGGCGAAAUUGACCCUCGCCGCAUUCCCCGCACUAAAGAGGAUAUAGAGAUUGCGAAGAACUUUCCCGGAGGCAUAUUUCCUCCUGAAUGGGGCACCAACAAGGAUCUUGCUUGGGUAAUUACCGGGGAAGAUUCUGAAUCCGAGGGCAGUGACGGAGGAAACGGAGGCCGUGGCUAAUGUGUGGCGGCAACCGUUCACUGGGCGACUAUCUAUAUCUUUAAUUAUGUGUUCUAAUAAUCUUGUGUUUUUUUUUUUGUUGUUAAGAGGCUUUUAAUAAUUUUGUCUGUUUGUA